GGAAGACGCAGGGCCUGGCUGGACUCUGAGUCUCGGAGCGCCAACUUGGACCGUGGUGUUUGCUCUCCCCUGUCAAGUUGCAGUCAAAGUACAGUACAAAUGAGAGUGCCAUUGCAGUCCUCAGCUCAUUCAAUAAGUAACUCACUCCAGGGCAAGCAGGACAGUAUAGGAGCAUGCAGUGUAAUAGGAAGAGUUUAAGAGGCUGGAUGGGGGCUUUGAUGGCAUCUGUUCUCUGUGUGAUGGGGGCACAGGCAGAACUGGCCCCUGCAGUGAACGUCCAUGUGCUCCCCCUUGAAGAGCACAAACUGGUCCUCAACCUGGGACUCGAAGAAUUCCCCAGCGAUUGUUAUGAGAUCUGGCAGAGUUCUGGGGGCCAGGCACGGGAUGGAGUGUACCUGAUCCAGCCAAAGGGGUCCCUCAUCAUGGCCUAUUGCGCCAUGCAGGACGGGGGAUGGACAGUGGUGCAGCACAUUACCGUCAACAGCAGCGUGGACUUCGAUCGCACUUGGGAAGAAUACAAGCUGGGCUUCGGUUCCCUCACAGGCGACCACUGGCUGGGCAAUGAGUACCUCCACCAGCUCACCAGCCGAAGCGGCCACUACAAGCUGGGGGUGAAGCUGGUGGACAAAGACGCCAUCACCAAAAUUGGGGAAUACGACCCGGUCCUAUUGGAGAGUGAGGAGGCCCAGUACCGACUCCGUCUGGGCCUCUUCAGAGGCACAGCAGUGGAUGCCCUCACACAAGACACAGAAAACUACCUGCAUGACAACCAGAAGUUCACCACCAAGGACCGCGACAAUGACAACUAUUUCCAGAACUGCGCCAAGCUGGAGUUCCAGGGUGUGCCGGGAGGGGGCUGGUGGUACGAUGCCUGCGCCGGGGCCAACCUCAACCGCCGGAACGUCAUCUACUGGCAAAAGGACUGCAACAAAGAGCAUCUCUGCAAGUAUGCCUGGAUGAUGGUGAAGCCGUCUGACCUGGUUAAGGUCAUCCACACUGGGGGCUGUCAGAAGGACGAGCUGUGAUGGCACUGGUCCACGUGAGGUGAAAUCGGGGGAAGUGGAUCAUGGGGAAUAUGAACAGCCAUCCUUUGAGAUUAUACCCUGCAACUUGUUUUUUUUUCUACUUUGGGUGAAGAUCACUUUGUCUAAUCCUUCCUCUAAUCAUGUCUAGCAUCUCAUCACCAAACCCAUCUGUGGUUUCCAGUUGAUUAAACGUCGAAUUAAGAAUUGCACAAUGUGAGAAGUAGUGUUUGCAGAGCCAGAAUGGAGAAAGCUUUUUUUAGGAAAAGAACAGUACAUAUACAUUUUUUGAAACAUUACAUUAGAUGUAUUUCAAUGUUAGAAUAUACAGGAACACACAGUCACAAAAUACAGAAAAGAUAAGUCAAUAUUGACUGAUUUGUCUCAAAACAACUGCAAAUGACCUAAAAGCAUGUGUAGUUCAUCAGUACAAAAACAUGCAUGGGAAAUGUUGAACAUACAGAAUCAAUGUGCCCAAUCUUUGAAUUCUUUUUUUUAUUAUCUCCAAGAUUGAUUAUAAUUUUUACUACCUUAAAGAUCACAGUAAGUUUGGAAAAUGUGAUCACUGCAUCAUGGGUAACAGCACAUCAAAAUGUGUUGUAGGUGUGAUGUUAAAGUAUGUCAAUAUUAUUUAUGGAUCUGUACGACUGGAAUGUUGUUUUAGUGUCAUGUAUGAUAAAUUGUUUCACUAAAAAACAAAUAAAAAGGAAGUCUAAGAAGGGAAAUGUUCACAGUAAAAUGAGGUUUUCAGUUACUGGUCAGGAGCAGUGUUUUGGGCAUAUAUGGUAUUCAUGGCUUUCUGUUUACAGCUCAAAAGGGCUUAUUUGAUUUUUCCUCCAACACAAUACAUUAAAUGGAUGCUCUCAAUUUUGAGCUUUAGUUUCCCACACUCCAUUCAUAAUAAAAAGAGCUGUACACAAACAAUCAUUCUGUAAACCUCAUUAUUAUGCUGUGAAUGGGAUAAGAGAACAGUACAGGGCAAAAUAAUAUUUCAAAGCAAUACAUGGGAGAUUAACUAAAUAACAGAACUUAAAGAUACACACAUUGCACAAAGAAAAGCGAAUAUCCAGUGCAUUACUUAUAUCCUCUCCACCUUACAGUUUUAACACAAAUAUGUACAGGCAGCAAGCAGUCUUGCUGUCAACAGAUAUAUUGCCUAGCUAGUCAGCUAGGGCUGACUGAACCAAGGCUGAUUUUGUACCAUCAAAAAAGAGAGAUUCCAUAUUUGCUGAGAGUAUCAUCUGUCUGCGAAUCCAGAUAAACACACAGUCUAAAAAAGGACAUUUCUAAUGCAGUGCACUUCAUGAUAAAAAAGUGAAAUGCAGAGACUGCAGUUUUUCUUCCAUUGCAGGACUUUCAGGUGUCAAGUUCCUGCCUUUGCUGUUUCUUUGAGGCAGACAGUCUAGUCAUCUUUUUUGUGUGUCAUUGUGUAUUUUUAUAUAAAGAAAAAAUAUUUCAUAAUUUGUGACUUAUUCAAAGAUGACUCACGUGACACACUGGAGACAUGAGCAGUACAGUACUUUUAAAAUGGCACAAGUGAAAAAGGCCUUUAAAAUCAGCAUGUACAAUCGUGAAAAGGCUGCUGGUCUCCAGCUGACAC